AUGGAAGCGGAUUGGGACGAGCUUGCAUACGUGCAGCUGCCUCCUCCAGGAUCGCAUCACCCUCCCACGCCCGUAGCAACCUUUGCCUUUGACACAUCUCAAGAGCUGCUGUGGACCGGCAACAGCCUUGGGCGCAUAACCUCCUUCUACGGCGCAACUCUCGAGCGAUAUACCUCCUACCGCGGCCAUGCUGCAUCCGAGGGGCCCGUCAAGCAGUUUCUGUUUACCGAGAAGGGCGUCCUGUCCAUCUCGAAGCAGAGCGUGCACUACGCCCACAGGCGCGGCAUAACUCAAUGGCACCUUACGAGCAACGAGUUCAAGGAUCUCAAGUGCAUGAACUUUACCUCGAAGGGCACGCGCGAGAUCCUUGUCGCAGGAUGCCAGGACCGAAUGUUCAAGCUGGACGUGGAAAAGGGCGCCAUCACCGAAAUCCUUCCAGCUGAAGCCCAGUACACCAUCAUGAAGCGCGCCGGCCAGUACAUAUGCGCAGCUACCAAGACUGGCGGCAUCCACAUUCUUGACUCGAACUCGCUCUCGAACAUCAAAUCCUUCGACGGACACACUGGUAGCAUAAGUGAUAUGGACGCGAAAGGCGAUUUCCUGGCGACAUGCGGGUGGUCACCUAGGCAGCAGAACGCCUACAUGCUCGACCCGUUCACACACGUCUUCUCCCUGAAGACAUUGAAGCAGUUACCGCCAAUCCCUUUCCAUACUGGUGCAGCAUUCGUUCGAAUGCACCCUCGCAUGUCGACUACUGCCAUAAUUGCGUCGCACAACGGGCAGAUGCAGGUAAUCGACCUGAUGAACCCAGAUGCUGCGAAUCUUCGGCAGAUAAAUUUGUAUGAUUCGUACCUCCAUGGCUUCGAGAUGGCACCCUCAAGUGAAGCGUUUGGCUUGUCUGAUAGCAACGGGCAAGUCCACCUCUGGGGCUCCCCCUCGAAGGUGCACUUCCCAGAAUACAGCAACCCCACCGAAUUUGCCGAUCACCCUAUAUCGCCCCCUGCUAUGGACUGGUCACUGGAAACACCUUUGAACACUGUUGGUAUGCCAUAUUACAAAGAGAAUCUCCUUUCCAGCUGGCCGAGCCAUCUUGUAUUCGAGGUGGGUGCGCCACCACCGAAGAUCGACACUGCAAUCCUGAACAGCAUGUCACGAACCGAGAUGGGCUUCUUCACGAAAAAUCCUCGCACGAGGCGGCGCAAUCAGGCAGAGUCGAGACGGCAGUCCGACCGUAUUGCCGAAUCACUGUCUGCGCCAAAGUUCUUGAGCGAGCAAUCUCGCGCUGUCCAAUCCUACAACAGUGAAGCUGACAGUAAGUCUGCCGAGACGAUGGAAUCAUUGACAGACCUUCAUUUGGAAGAUGUUACGCGUAAAGAGGUGCCAUCUAUGUAUGGCAAUGUGGAAAUCAAGUACAGCAAGUUUGGUGUCGACGACUUCGACUUUGCCUACUACAAUCAAACGCCUUAUUCUGGGCUGGAGACGCACAUUGCCAAUUCAUAUGCCAACUCUUUGCUGCAGUUGUUGCGUUUUACACCUUUGAUCCGCAAUAUCGCAUUGCAGCAUACUGCUUCGGCAUGUUUGUUCGAAACUUGUCUUCUGUGCGAGCUGGGCUUCUUAAUCGACAUGCUCGAGAAGGCUGCUGGACUAAACUGCCAAGCCUCGAACUUUUUGAAGACAUUCAGCAGCUUGUCCAAUGCAGUGUCGUUGAACCUGUUAGAAGAGUUUUCGCCGAACGUCGCACUCACAAGCAUGGUCCAGAACCUCAACCGAUUUCUGCUGGACAAGAUCUCAGACGAAGUUCGGCAAAUGUUGCCAGUCAAUUCAGGUCCAUCGCCCAUCGACCACGUCCUCGAGACUCAAGCCAGGGCAAGCAUGAGGUGCGCCCAAUGCGCGAACGAGACUGCUCGCGGAGGUAAAAAUUUCGUGAACGACCUCGUGUACCCAGCGAAACAUGUCAUGAAAAAUACAAGGAUUCCACGUCCGACCUUUUCUCAAAUUCUCAAAGCUAGUGUGGAGCGCCAGGACCAGACACGAGGGUGGUGCACCAAGUGCAACAGGUAUCAGCAGAUGGUGCAGAGGAAGACUAUACAGACAAUCCCCGGCGUCUUGAUGCUCAAUGCCGCAAUUCAGAGCCACGAAGCAAAGCUAUUGUGGUCCAUACCGAAUUGGCUGCCGCAAGAGAUUGGAAUCAUAGUAGAUCAAGGCCAGUUCUAUUGCUUUGAAGGCCAGGACUUGAAGCUGCACCUGCAACGAGGCGUAUUUGAUAUUAUGGUGUUCGAGCUGAUCGGAGUCGUUGCCGAUAUCAACAGCGGAGAGCACCAAAAGCCUCAUCUUGUUGCCACAAUCAACACCGCCCCAUCGUCCCGCGAAGCCACGACAGUAGACAAGUGGCACUUAUUCAACGACUUUCUGGUCAGGCCGAUACCGAAGGAGGAGGCGCUGCGCUUUGAGCCAGGAUGGAAGCUACCUUCCGUACUAACCUAUCAGUUGAAGGCAGCUCGCAGCAAGAUUGACGAUUCUUGGAGAGACAAACUCGACACCUCGAUUCUAUACAGAUAUUGGUCAUCGAACAACAGACCUCCAGAGGACAGAUUCAAGCUACUCGAAGCCCAAGCCGAAGCGCCAACACCGGGCUACCCUGUUGCCAUCGAUGCGGAGUUCAUCCGUCUCCAGGCGGAAGAAAUAGAGAUGAAAGCCGAUGGCACUCGGCAGACCAUUCGACCAGACCGCAAAGGCCUUGCACGUGUGUCUGUCUGCCGUGGCUUAGGCGAAUACGCCGGCCUACCCUUCAUUGAUGAUUACAUCGCGGUCAGCGAGCCCGUUAUCGACCACCUAACGGCCUGGUCUGGUAUCUCGCCCGGCGACCUGAAUCGUGAGACCUCGCCUCACGCUCUCGUCAGCCUCAAGCACGCAUACAAGAAACUCUGGCUCCUACUCAAUCUCGGCUGCGUUUUUGUUGGCCACAGCUUGGCCAAUGACUUCCGCACAAUCAACAUUCACGUGCCCAGAAAUCAAGUGGUUGAUACCUCCAACCUCUUCUUCCUUCCAGAGUACAAACGCAAACUCAACCUCAAAUUCCUCGCGUGGUGCGUCCUCAAAGAAAGCAUCCAGCAAGAUACCCACGACUCGAUUGAAGACGCCACCACCGCGCUAAAGCUUUGGCGCAAAUACGAAGAGUUUGUCGACGCUGGCGUGCUGGAGCAGAUGCUCAACGAUAUCUACGCGACAGGAAGUCAGUACAGGUUCAAAGCUCCUGGCUGUGGAGGGGCGAGUGUGGGGCAGGGCACCAUGGUGAUCAUGAGUCAGGCGGGUACGGGGAGAAAUACGCCGGAGCCAAUGAUAACGCCGAAGAAGGGCGGUAUGUUUGGGGCUAUUGGGUUCAGGAGUCCUAUGAGGUGA